GUACGACUUUGACGACCGCGCGGCAGUAAUCAGAAACAACCUUAAUUUGCUUUCGAGACCUCUGGGCUCAAGGGGUACAGACUUGUUUGACCGUGAAGGACUGGGACAUUUGCAUUACGGCCCUCUAACCUGCACCUGAAAGUGUUUGGAGUUGAAACUAACAAUUUCUGAAAGUUUAGACGCCUGGAUUGACCUACAUAAACAGUGAUCGAAGGGGAUCGCUGAUUGUAUGGAGCAAUGCCUGCCAAAUACUCUCAUGUCAAGAAGAGGGCUGCCACAAGCCCCCCAAAGAAAUCGAACGGAAAGGGCCACCACCACCAUGGCAAACAUCACCGCAGCCCAGACCCCCACCUCGACCGGACGAUCUCGAAGGCCAUGUCCGCUGUCUCAGAGCUCGAACAAGCCAUAGCUCACAUGCUGCUCAUCCGCUUCGAGCAGGACAUUGCUCGGCUCUUCUCCACGCAUCUGUACUGCGUCGCCCUCGUGCACCUCCCGACGUUUGUCAUGCGCUGCAUUACAGUGGGUGGGCCAGGUUGGGUGGCAGCGAACGCGGACUCGGAAGAAGUGAAGGACUUUUUCCGCGCGUGCAUCGGUAUGGAUCUGAGGCAGUCUGGCGAGCGCGUCGCGACAAAGAGCGUGCUGUGGUCGUACACCGCGCUGCGGCAUUUCGCUCUAUCCAAUAAUGUACCCAUUUGCCGUAAACGGGGACUCCACUCCCUGCGCCUCCUGCCGUACUAUUCCGCCCUGAAAGCGCACGUCGAGACGCUCCUCACGAUGCCCGCGCCGGCCUUCUCGAAGCCGCCGCACCUCGGCCCGCUCACGGAGGGGCUCGCCGCGCUUGAGGACGCGUGCGAGCACAAAUGGGCCGGCGACGGCGAGUGGCGCGCGAAGGUGCGCACGGGGUACGAGCGCGCGUGCCAGACUCUGUGGCGCGUCGCGCGCGAGUUCGACGUGCGUGGGUACGGUCGCGUGCUGCGCGAGAAGCUCACGACCAAGUGGUGCAACUGCGGGUGCUCGACGGACCACCUCGGCGAGGUGUGCGAGCGCACAGUGCGCGAGGACGAGGAGGAGAGCGGCGUGCGCGCGGGCAAGGAGCGCGAGUGGGAUGGCAGAGGGGCGGGCGUGUACGGCUGGGAGACGGAGGACGAGGAGGACGUGUGGGAGCUGGAUCUGGACUUUAGCGCGUUGGACCCGGACGAGUGCGACGAGGGCGUUGAUCCCGACAUGACCAUCGGUGAGCUCAUGGAGUGGCGGUACCUUAGAGCCGAAUGGGAGAAAGAGCAGGGAAAUGCUGCCUUCCGGAGGGCCGAGUAUGAGUGUGCCAUCGAGCGCUACAAAGCCGCGCACGAGAUUGAACCGGAGAUGCCCCGUUACCAGCUUAACCUCGCCGCUGCGUAUCUGAAGGUACAAAAGUGGAUGGAGGCUGAGGAUGCAUGCACCAUCGCUCUCGGACAACAUAAGAGUAGCAAGGGCUACUUUCGACGUGCCAAAGCCCGAGCCAUGCAGGGACGUAUUGAGGAUGCUAUCAAGGAUCUACGUGCCACCCUGAAGGUACAACCUGGCAACCCCGAAGCAAUAGCGGAGCUGAUUGCCCUUCUACCACCUCCGGACCCGGCUGAGGCAACCCCAGCAGAUACAGGACCAGCGGUAUCCCCAUCUGCCAUGGCUGCCGCUUCGUCUUCGUCAUCCUCUUCCUCAUGGAACGCGACGUCGGCUUGCAACGAUGCUCCUUCACCGUACCCUGAGUAUCUUCGGAUACCGAAACCAAAGCCUCCUCGACCCUUGCCAUUCGCGCGGACCGAGGCUGACGAUCGCAAGAUAAAGAUUUUAUGGCAGCCGCUGACGGUCGACAUGCCCAUCGAUGACCCAUGCACCGCGCAGUCGUCCCCCGACGGGAAACGUACGCAGAAAAAAGCUGCGUGGUUGAAGAGCAAAGGCACUUCGAUGAAAACCGAGACGUUCACGUACCCUAAUUGGGAGCGAUAUAUCGUCAUGACGGUCUGACAGCAAGGUAGCGUUGGGGAAUGGACAUGUACUUGGGACUAGUUUUAUUAUUAUGUAUUCGGUUUGUGAUUGUGAGGUGUAAGAUAGGUGGUGCUGGCAGCGCUUUCGGAUAGGUGAUUCAACCUGGUACAUGACCAUGGGACACAGGAGCGCC